AUGGAGAUCCAGCUCACUGCAGAAGAAGACCAGCUCUGCGUACUCUUGGACGAAUGCACCAAAUACAUGCGAGCAAAUGAGGGCCUGGAGACCUCAUGUAGGAUUGCAGGAGGAUGGGUGCGGGACAAGCUACUCGGCAUGCAGAGCAACGAUAUCGACGUCGCGCUGACCGACAUGAUGGGUAUGACUUUUGCUGAGCGCUUUGUGGCGUAUUGCUCUGAGGUUAAAGGCAUUUCCGCAAAGCAUAUCGCGAAAAUUGAGAGCAACCCAGACCAGUCGAAACAUCUUGAAACAGCGAGGACAACUGUAUUAGGGCACGAGUUGGACUUUGUGAAUCUGAGGAGUGAGGAGUACGCAGAGCAUAGUCGUAUACCCAGUCAGGUCUUCUUUGGCACCCCUCUGCAAGACGCACUAAGGAGAGACAUCACAAUUAACGCGCUCUUCUACAACGUCCAUUCGAGGUCUGUGGAGGAUCAUACCGGCAAGGCUAACUUGCGCAUCGGGCUCAUUCGUACCCCGCUUCCUCCAAUAGAGACCCUCACAGAUGAUCCCUUGCGCGUAAUCCGAUGUAUCAGGUUUGCGAGCCGCUUUGGCUUCGAACUGGAUCCCGAGCUGCGAGAUGCUGCGAAGAACCCAAAUAUACAGAGUGCUAUUGUGUCGAAGAUCAGUCGAGAAAGGGUCGGUGAGGAGAUAGAUAAGAUGAUGCAAGGUGCCCAUCCAGUGCGCGCCCUUAAGCUCAUUUAUGAGCUGUCAUUGUACGGUCCUGUAUUCCACGUGCCCGAUUCGAUUGCCCAGAAGCUAUCGCAAGCCCCAGCUCCAUCGCCCCUGUCAGUAGCAGCAGCAGCUACACUCGAAUACUUCCUUCGUCGCUCGACAUCGCUUCCGCCGCCAUUGUUCUUCUCGUCGAUCAACCUCGCGCCUCUUCAUCCUCUCUUGCUUUCCGAAGUGAACGCAAAGCCGUCACCGAUCCCUCGUCUCUAUUUAGCUUGUGCCCUUACACCGUACCGAGGAAUCUUGUAUUCAGACACAAAGGGGAAACUAUAUCCGGCGACUGAUAUUGUCAUUCGCGAAAGCCUGAAACUCGGAACACAGCACCAUUAUCUCGACGGUAUACCUACGCUGUUCGCAGCCUGGGAACGGCUCAGCCCAGUUGUAUCGCAAUGGGCGAGGGGUUCCGAUAUGGAGGACAGAGUGAAGAUAGGUUUAGUCCUGCGUGAGAAGACCAUCCGUUGGCUUCCGACGGACGUAAAGUGGCAGGUAUCUCUCCUCUUCUCUCUCGUACAGGACCUAGUAUCGUUCUGGGAUGUGCAGCGGAAUACUUUGGACGUGGACAAUGCCACAACACAGGUGGAGAAGUACAACGCUUUCGUAUCACGGAUAGAGGAACUCGGUCUCCCAGCACUUGUUGAUGCGAAACCCAUCCUGGAUGGACGCGGCGUUGUAAGCAUCCUCGAUGCAAGGCCUGGUCCGUGGACUGGGCAGGUGCUCGCGCGUGUGACAGAGUGGCAGCUAGCCCACCCGGAAGGUACGAAAGAACAAUGCCAGGAGUGGCUGAAGGCCGAGCAUGCAGCAGGAAGAAUCGAAAUUUCCAUCGAUGAGCAUCCGUCGAAACGCAGACAGGGUGGUAACAGUGCUGAUGAGAGUACCAAGAAGGCAAAGCGAUGA